UGGACUUGGUUCAGUGUGGGUUUGGUUCGAUGUGUUUGGUUCGCUGUGGGUUUGGUUUGAUGUGUUUGGUUCGGUGUGUGUUUGGUUCAGUAUGUGUGUGGUUCCAUGUGUGUUUGGUUCAAUGUGUGUGUGGUUCCAUGUGUGUUCCCUGGAUGGGAGUGACUGGAAGAGGCACGGAUGGACCUGGGCAUGGGUUGGGCAGCUUUUGAUGGAGCGGGGCGUCGCUGGAUGCGGUGUUUGGCUGGAUGGGUGCUGGUUGGAAGUGUGUGUUGUUGGCUGUGGGUGUUGCGCUGGCUGCGGGUGCCGGCUGCGCGGGGCGCUCCCGGCUGUGGCUGAGGCCCGGCCCCGCUCCGUUCCCGUUCCCGCCCCGGUGCCGAUGCCCGCGCGGCGGAAGCGGCGGUGACGUGGCGGGCAGGCGGAAGCGGAAGCGGGGCCGUGCGGGCGCGGCGGCGGCGGUGGCGGCGGCGAUGCUGUCGCUGGACUUUCUGGACGAUGUGCGGCGCAUGAACAAGCGGCAGCUGUACUACCAGGUGCUGAACUUCGGCAUGAUCGUGUCCUCCGCCCUCAUGAUCUGGAAGGGGCUCAUGGUGGUGACGGGCAGCGAGAGCCCCAUCGUGGUGGUGCUGAGUGGGAGUAUGGAGCCUGCUUUCCACAGAGGAGAUCUCCUGUUCCUCACCAACCGCAUUGAAGAUCCGAUCAGAGUGGGAGAAAUUGUCGUCUUCAGGAUAGAAGGAAGGGAAAUCCCCAUAGUCCAUCGUGUCCUGAAAAUCCAUGAGAAGCAAAAUGGAGACAUCAAAUUUCUGACAAAGGGAGACAACAAUGCUGUGGAUGACAGAGGGCUCUACAAGCAGGGGCAGCACUGGCUGGAGAAGAAGGAUGUAGUAGGACGAGCAAGAGGAUUUGUGCCCUACAUUGGAAUAGUGACUAUCUUAAUGAACGAUUAUCCAAAAUUUAAGUAUGCAGUCCUCUUUUUACUGGGUUUAUUUGUGCUGGUCCAUCGAGAGUAGUCCCUUGCAACUGAACUACGAGAUGAAGGUGCCAUGGAAUUUUCUAGAUGAACCUUUAAAGUAGCUGAUGGUCCAGUGUACCAGGAGAAAGAAGAAAGCAUGCAUUUCAAAGCUUCGUGCCAGUUUGGGUUUGUUUUGGUUUUUACUGCUCAAGGGCGAAUGUUUUGUCACAGUAUUUCCAAUGGUUUGUCACAUUUUAGCCUUUUUAGUGAAUUUUUAUAUUAAAAAUUUGAGCCAAA